GAGGGAUAUAAGUCCCGCGGCCUGUAGCGGUCCAGCCAAGACUCCUCGCCUUCCAACUCCUGCUCAUCUCGCUUCAGGAGCUGUCGCUAUGGUGACCGUGCGCAGGCCGUGGCCCGCCCUGGCCGCAGUGCUGCUGGCCCUGCUCGCCUGCCUGGGAGCGCUGGUUGACGCCUACCCCUCCAAACCCGAGGCUCCGGGGGAUGAUGCCUCCCCGGAGGAGCUGAGUCGCUACUAUGCCUCCCUGCGCCACUACCUCAACCUGGUCACCCGACAGAGGUAUGGAAAACGCGACAUCCAGGAGGCUCUGUUCUCUAAACUGCUCUUCCCCAAUGACAGCGAGGACCUCCCCGUCAGGUCUCGGCCAGAAGGUGCCUACCCAUGGUGAAGAUCCCCAAGGACUCCAGCGAGAUGUGCUAACUACACUAACUUCAUUUGCAUGUUUGGUUUUGUGUGCCGACCCUCUGCCCAAAUCUUGGUGUCCUGGGCGCCAGGGCUGGAGGGCUAUGUGUGUUAAUUUCCCAGUCUCCAAAUAAAGAGCAAAUG